CUGUAUUUGAAUUACUAUUCAACUUCCCUAAUUCUCCCUAUUGAAAUAAAAUACCUCAAACCCAAAACUUUUUGGGUGUUUUUGUUUGUAAUUACAACUGGGUUUUUUUGCAUUAUGGGAGGAAGUUCAUCUAAGAAUGAUGGCAAGUUACUGAAUCGUUACUCCAAGAGUCCACCACCAUUGCAGGACAACAAGAAUACACAGCAGAAAAUCAAUGAGGAUGAGUUUUAUGAUGGUAUCCCAAGGUUCUCUUCACAAAAAUCUAAAUCAACCAGGGUCCCUAAGGUUGCAGAAGUAAGUUCUCGUCUAGGUAGAGCUGGAAGUGCUGGAUUUAUAAGGACCGUGCAAGCAUUGGACACCAUUGGGAGCAGCUUGAAUAAUUUGAAUUUAAGCAGUGGAUUUGUUUCUGGUGCAACAAUUAAAGGAAAUGAGCUAUCUAUUUUGUCAUUUGAGGUUGCAAACACAAUCGUUAAAGGUUCUAGUCUUAUGCAUUCACUUUCAAGAAGAAGCAUACGACAGUUGAAAGACGUGGUGCUACCUUCAGAAGGUGUUCAACUGUUAGUAUCAAAUGACAUGGAUGAACUUCUAAGUAUAGUUGCUGAUGAUAAGAGGAAAGAACUACAGAUUUUUGCUGGAGAAGUUGUUCGAUUUGGAAGUCAAUGUAAAGAUCCACAAUGGCACAACUUGGACCGCUUCUUUGAGAAAUAUAGGAGGGAGCCUACCCCUCAGAGACAAUUGAGGGAAGAAGCUGAGUUGAUGAUGGAGCAACUGAUGACCCUGGUUCAGUAUACAGCUGAGUUAUACCAUGAGUUGCAUACUCUGGAUAAAAUUGAGCAAGAUUAUCAGCACAAGCAUCUAGAAAAUGGAAAAUCAAAUGCCAGCCAAAAAGGUAAUGGUGUUACAAUUUUAGCAGCUGAGUUGAAAAGCCAGAAGAAAAUAGUAAGGAACUUAAAGAAAAAGUCACUGUGGUCCAGAAGUCUGGAAGAGGUCAUGGAUAAGCUGGUGGAUAUUGCCCUCUUUCUCAACAGGGAGAUAGAUAAUAUGUCUGGCAGUGCAGAUCCAAAUAGCGAGAAAAAGCAUUCUCUGGGUAGUAAGCUAAGAUUAGGACCUUCUGGUCUUGAUCUACAUUAUGCUAAUAUAAUUCUCCAGAUUGAUUCAAUUGUAGCCCGGUCAAGCUCUAUGCCUCCAAAUGCACGAGAUACACUAUAUCAGAAUCUUCCACCUAAUAUAAAGUUUUCUUUGCGAUCCAAAAUUCUAUCUUUCCAUGUCAAAGAGCAGCUCACUGUUACUGAAAUUAAAGCUGAAAUGGAGAAGACAUUACAAUGGCUAGUUCCUGUUGCAAUAAUUACUGCCAAAGCUCACCAUGGUUUUGGUUGGGUCGGAGAAUGGGCUAAUCCCGGGUCUGAGUCAAAUCGCAGAUCAGUUGCAUCAGUGGAUGUCAUCCAAAUUGAGACAUUAUACCAUGCUGACAAACAAAAAUCAGAGGCUUAUAUCCUUGACCUCAUCCUAUGGCUCAGUUACCUAGUAGCUCAGUCCAACGCCACUUUAAAUGGUGGGCGCAUGAGGUCACUUGUGAAACCCCCAGAAUGUUCAUCUCCUGACAUAGCUGACCAGCAGCCAACACAAAUAUCUGCUGCUGAUCAGGGGAUGUUGCAGGAAAAUAACCAGUCAACAAAAGCUGAAUCGGUUGAGCAAAAGUAAUAGCUAUUCUGCGACAACAGGAAGCAAGGAGCUCUUAUCUGAGAAAUUCUGUUCCUCUAGCAUUCCUGUGAUCACUUUUAGUCUCAACAAACAGAAAAAAACUGGAUGCUAUAGACCGGACAGUUCAAUGUGAGUUGCUUGUUGUGGAGAUCAGCAGAUGAUAAUGUGUUGUUUAAAGGAUCAUUGUCUGUAAUCAUGCAUUUGAGGAACUUGAAUUUGAUGAUGCCCUUUAUGCCUAGGAGAAUUCAUGUCAGGACGAAGAUAACCACUGCUGCAUGCAUUUAUAUGGUGAUUUUGAUGUAAUUUAUGGGAUUCCAGAAAUAUAGAAUCAGAUGGAGCUGGACGAUUGCAGGAAUGUAAAUGCGUAAUACAAUACUGUCUGACAUACUCAGCAUGGAUGUGUCCCUUUUUGUAUUUCAAAGUAUUAACAUGAGAGAGGACAUUACUUGUCAAAAGGAAAAAGAGCAUGAUACUAGUAUAUAUUCAAUCUCCUUUCUUUCUCUU